CAGCUGCAGGGUGGAGGAAGGAGUUUGCAGCCGUCCCCUCUGCGCUGCAGCCCCCCGGGCUGGUUCCAAGCUGCCUGCAUCCGCCCUCACGCACCAGCUGCACUUCUGCUCGUGUAGGUCAUCCUUGUGUCCAGGGGCACAGAGAGCCUGAAACCAAGGGCUGCCUUGGCAGCGCUUGCUGUUGGGAAACUGCCUCGAGAGGCAUUUCAGAGGGCGUAGUCCGUAAGUUUGUUUUAAGCGAGCUGGAGAGAUGAGAAGACAUGUUUGCACAUCUUCGCCAUCGCCUUUGCCUUGGAGGUGUCCGUGGGGAAGACCAACACUGUGAUGGCUCUGAAUAACUCCAAUGUCCUGCUGCCCUGCACCUUCACCACCUGCAUAGGCUUUCAGGACCUGGUCUUCACGUGGUAUUUCAACUCGACAGAGAUGAUUUACCACGGCAAGAUAAAGAGCAAAGCCUCGGAGCCCUUCCUUGUGGGACGCAACCCCCGGGUCGAGUUUGUUGGCUCGACGACUGGGAAGGACAACAACAUCUCCAUCGUCCUGAAGAACGUGGAGUUCAGCGAUGCUGGCAAAUACACCUGCCAUGUCAAGAACCCCAAGGAGAAGGAUGCACAGCACAAUGCCACCAUCUUCCUCACGGUGGUCCAGAAGAUGGUGGAGGCAGACAACACUGUGACACUCAUCAUCGUGGGCGUUGUUGGGGGGCUCAUCGGCCUCCUCAUCCUCUUCAUGCUCGUCAAGAGGGUUGUCCUGUUCAUCAUCAAGAAGACCCAGGAUGGGAAGAAGGAGUGUCUCGUGAGCUCAUCGGGGAACGACAACACCGAGAACGGCUUGGCCGGCUCCAAGGCGGAACAAAAAGCACCACCAAAGGCAUGAAGCAGCGGCGCCCCAAGCCCCGGCCCGCCUGGCAGCAGGGAGGCUGGGCAGGGGGACAAGCCUUUCCCUUUUGUUUUCUUUCCAAACUGCCAACGCUUGAGACAUGUUUCUAUUACACACGUGCCUGCAACCUGCACUGCUUCUCAGAAAAAGGCUUCAGCUGCAGCGGGACUGGGAGCUUCUUGCAGACUCUGACUGGGACGUGCCUGGGACAGGGAGAGCCACCUGCUCCGCUCUGAGGGAAGGCAAGAGGGUGCCGGGCGGGCGGCGAAGGGGCCGGGUGCUGGGGAGUGCCCUGGUCUGCGGCCGGGUGCGCUGCGCUCCCAGGGCUGGUGGGCGGCCGGGGGUCCCGGCGUGCCUGAGGUGGGUAGAGGCUGCAAGGAGCUUAGGGCGGCUCGUCUGACUGCGGCGAUGCUGAGCUGGGGCGGGCAGGAGCUGCUUGCAUCACGCAGCAGGUAUGUGGAGCAGAGCGAGGGUGCACGGAACUCGCUGUAGAGAUAGAGGCUCCUGCUUCAGCUCUCCUGUUAAGCACACUCAAGAACCAAAUCGGUGGAAGAUCCGUUGCUGUCGGGGCUGUCAUCUCUUCCCAGCCACGCUCCGGGCCCCGAGGUGCCUCCGUUCCUCCAAGGGCUGGGGGGACCAGCAACUGGGGCUGGCUGUGUCCUGGGGUCACCGCUGGCCUGCGGUGGGGUGAAGCUCCCAUGUUUCACACUCGCUUGGCCCCUGUGCAGGGCCACCCCCACCGGGGGCAGCGGGGGGGCUUCUCCCCCAGCCAGCCUUCUCGGGAGGCACUCCCUGGGUUUGUGCUGCUGCUGCUCCUGCUCCUCCUCCCCUCUUUUUAAAGCUCAUCACUCAGAGCAGCAAUGCUUUUGAUGCUGACUCGCCAAGGCUUAACUCGUUAGGCGGAUAUUUUUUAUAUUAGACUCCAGUGGGAAAAUGGCUGAUUGCAUUUCCCUUUCACCUGAGGAAAACUGUGGCACUCCAUCUGCGAUGCAGGGAGGGAGCACGGUCAAGCCCUGGCGAGGGGAGCUGGGCUAGGGCUGCACCAGCCUGCUCCCGGGCCUGCCAUCAGCCGCUGGGUGACCUUGGGCAAGUCGCUCUGCCUCUCCAUGCCUCAGUUUCCCCAUCUGUAAUACUGCUCUACCUCACAGGGGUUGUUGUGAGGCUUCCUUGGCUAACAUUUGCAAAGUGCUUCGAGAUCCUUGGAUGAGGGGUGCCACAGAAAGCCAGAGGGUCUUUGCGAAGGGUACCUGCAGUGGGGAUUUGGGCAACCCAGCCCCCUUCCCAAGGGCUGUAGCAGGACGUGAGACAUGAAGGGAACGAGCUGAUCCUACAACUGAACUUGACAAUGUCCUUUACAGUGUGAUUUGUUCCCUAGUCCUCCUUUAUUUGUGGGUGUCUGUCAGUGAAGCUGCAGGACAGGCAGCUCCCCUGUCCCCACUCGAAAUCGGGAAUCAAAGCUGAGCCCUGACUUCCCCGGCUACAGGGGCUUGCACCCCAACAGAGGUGCUGGAGUGGAAGGUAGGCAAAGAGUUGGUGGGCAAGGUGAACAAGGAAAGGUCAGGCACUGCCUUCUGCCAAGACUACUGUGGCAGAGGUCAGAGCCCACCUGCUCGCUCAUGGGGGUGGUGGUACGGAGAGCACCUUCCAGCCUUUGCCCGGGCUGAGCAUUUGGGACAGGGGACAGGUACAGGCACCUGGCCCCAGGCAGGUUUCCUUGGCGGCCAGUUAGACGGGCAAGUGGGAGUCAGGUCCCCGGGAUCCCGGUCCUCUCUCUGAGGAUCCGUGGGACCCUCAGGCAAAUCACUUGACUUGUCUGCGCUUCAGUUUCCCCAUCUGUAGAACGGGGACAGUAAAUCGGACCUACCUCACAGGAGGUGUGAGGCUCCCUGCAUCGCUUUGCAAAGUGCUCCAAGACCCUGGGGCAAAAGGCACUCCGUAAAUGCAAAGUAUCGUUACUGUACCAUUGUCACGCAUGACAGUCUGGGCAGGAAGGCGUGAGACCUCCCAGUUGCCCCAAGAGACCCCCCAGCCCAUGCUUGGAGGAGAACUUCCGUGGGAGAGGACAGUGAAGGGAGGAAGGGAUUUUUUUAAAGAACUAUUUUUAGCUGUCCUAACCUGUUGGCCUUUUUUAGACAGUAUCUGGACACAGUUCCACCUACCACAGGAUAUGCAAUGCUGUACUAUGCAUGGAUUACUCCUCUGGCUUGAUGGGAAAAGUCAACAUAACUAGUUUUUGAAAGAUAACUCUAUACGCAUAUGUGUGUGGGUGCUGUACGGACACGCAGGGGGCUCCAGGGGAGCGGGCUGGCCUGGGGGCUUGUGCCGGCUCCGGCAGCAUCCCUGCUGUCCCAAGGGCUUUGGGGGGUCUGCAGAGGCUUUCCGGGGCAUGCAGGGGAGAAGGGCCUGCCAGAGGUAUGUGCUGCGGCCGACCCGUAUGUGUAUAAGCAUAUAUAAACACAUGUAGGAGAUACCUGCAAAUAAACACAGGAUGUGUACAACAUGCUGUGUGAUGACUUACAGCACAUUUUUGCACUGUAGAGGUCUAGUUAGCUUUGCCUUGAAUGAAAUAAAGUUUAUGUUUACUAGAGAAA